GAGAGGGGAGGAGAGGGAGGAUCUCCUCAUCGAGGACUACAGUAGUGUAGAGUGAGGACGAAGAAGGAGGAGGAAGAUACUGCAGCCUUCAGCCGGGUCCCCCCUCUCGCUCUACCCCCACCCUCCUUUCUUUUGCCAAUCCCACCAUCAUGAACCCGCCUGCUGCUUGUUGCUAAGAGUGGAACCAAGCGGGUGAAGAGAGCCGAGUGGACUGGACAGGCCACUGUUUGCAUUCUAAGGUUUGGGUGAACAUGGCAGAAGGAUCCAAAAAGCGGGCCGACGUCAUUGAUCCGGACGAAGACUCCCCAAACAUGAUUGUCUACAGAAAGAUUGAGGACAUCGUCACCAGGAUCCAAGAUGAGAAAGCAGGAGGAGUUGCCAUCAGGACUGUUAAGAGCUUUCUGUCCAAAAUCCCCAGUGUUGUAUCAGGAACGGACAUUGUUCAGUGGCUGAUGAAAAACCUUUCAAUAGAAGAUCCAGCUGAGGCCAUCCACCUUGGAAGUUUGAUCGCAGCCCACGGCUACAUCUUCCCCAUAUAUGACCAUGUCCUGAUGCUCAAAGAUGACGGAACUCUUUAUCGCUUUCAGUCUCCAUACUUUUGGCCUUCAAACUGCUGGGAGCCUGAGAACACAGACUAUGCCAUCUACCUGUGCAAGCGCACCAUGCAGAAUAAGGCCAGGCUGGAGCUUGCCGACUAUGAGGCUGAGAACCUUGCUAGACUACAGAGGGCUUUUGCCAGAAAGUGGGAGUUUAUCUUCAUGCAAGCUGAGGCUCAAGUCAAAAUCGACAGAAAGAAGGACAAGGCAGAAAGGAAGAUCCUGGAUAGCCAAGAGAGGGCCUUCUGGGAUGUCCAUCGACCAGUGCCAGGCUGCGUCAACACCACAGAAAUGGAUAUCCGCAAGUGCCGCAGAGAGAAAAACCCACACAGAGUCAAAAAGUCAGUUUAUGGGUUACCAGAUGAUAACCACAGCCAGCCUAGUCCAAUCCACAUGAGCUCUCAGCCUGCCAGGAAACCCACCAAAGAGGACGUUCAGAAGGAGAUCACCUUCCUCAACAUCCAGCUGGACCGACACUGCUUGAAGGUUUCCAAAGUGGCAGACAGCCUGAUGGGCUACACGGAGCAGUUCAUGGACUACGACCCCUUCGUGUCGCCGACUGAGCCCUCCAACCCUUGGUUCAGUGAUGACUGCUCCUUUUGGGACCUGGAGGCAAGUCUGGAUCCGAGCCAGCAACGGGUGAAGAAGUGGGGUUUCUCCUUAGAGGAAGCUCUAAAAGACACGGCAGGACGAGAACAGUUCCUGAGGUUCUUGGAGUCAGAGUUCAGCUCAGAGAACCUACGAUUCUGGUUAGCGGUGCAGGAUCUGAAGCGACGGCCGCUGCAGGAGGUUCCGUCCCGUGCCCAAGAGAUCUGGCAGGAGUUCUUGGCCGAGGGAGCACCAAGUUCUAUCAACCUGGACUCUCACAGCUACGAGCGCACGAGCCACAACCUGAAGGACCCUGGACGCUACAGCUUUGAGGAUGCUCAGGAGCACAUCUUCACGCUGAUGAAAAGUGACAGCUAUGCACGCUUUUUGAGGUCCAACGUCUACCAAGACCUCCUAUUUGCGAGAAAGAAGCUGAAUAAAAGGUCAACUGUAAUUGGUAGCGUGGCUCGGCUGGUGGAGCGGCCUUGCCUACGACUUGAUGGUUCCAGGUUCGACCCCCAUUUCCGCCAGCUUCGUCACUGCCUUGGGCAUGACACUUACCCACCUGCUCCCAGUGCCACCCACACUGGUUUACAUGUAGCUUAAAGACGUAGAUAAUGGGUUUCACUCUGUAAAGCCCUUUAAGUUGCUAGAGAAAAGCAAUAUAUGAAUUUAUUUCACUUCACUACAAUAAAUAAAUGAAUGACGUGACCAAUGUUUGGAUGUCAUUUUGUAAACAAUACUCCAAAUAUUUGAUAGUGUUGCCUUCCAUCAAAGCACAUCUACUUGUGUUAGUUCCUGUUAAAUUAAAACGUUGCUGCUGCUGCCAACUUUUGUGUGCUUGACCCAAUCAUAUUUGCAACACUCGCCUCCACGAACUAACGACAUCACUGGUCACCUCAUCAACCCCUGUGCCUCACCCAAAAUCCACCAUG